CACGCUCGCACACCACGCACAACGACAUAUAAGCUCCAGCUAUAUCCACCCUCGCUGCGACACCGUAAAACGCUCCUUACCCACACGCAACAGACAGCGCGCGCCGCCACGAUGAACGGAAUCAAGCCCGACCCGGACGUCAAGAUGGAGUCGAAAGACCUCUACAUGGACGACGAAUUCUACGAGGAGGCGGGAGAGCUGACAGUGCCGCCAAAAGACGGCCCACAAAAGGACGUAUGGCUGGCGCGCAUUCCCGCCUGGCUAUAUGAUACAGUCUCGAAAUGGGACGACUUGGCCGAAGGCAACGACAACGACCAGAUCCAGAUUGGAGAAGUUGUCGGCUUCCCAUCUACGAGUGGUAUCGAUCAAUCAAAGCCGAUGCGCGUCUUCCUCAGCGAACGAUGGCGGUCACAGACCAAACUGCCGUCUGCCUUCCAGUUAGACCCUACAAAAACUGCCGACAAUGAUUCAAGCCCGCUGGAUAUGGUGCAGGGCAACCGGGGAGGCUACGGUGCGGCGCAAGAUCAAAAGUCGCGUAUACAGAAGCGCACCAAGUACAAGAAGGCGAUACCCAAGCAGACAGCUCUUCUAGGCCACGCGACACGCAACUACACUGCCAUUCCUCUCGAAACAUCAGAGUAUAAAGCUUUCAGCACCGCCCAGAUGAAGACAGCCAUCCAGGGCAACCAUACCAAAGUCAACAUCACCAAGGAGAACGACGUUACCAACUUCAACACCCUCCAGAAGCGUUUCGAUUCCUUCAUCAAGCCACCCGUCAAGGGCAAAUCGCAACAGAACAAGGCCGCCCGUGUAUCAAGGGAGGAACUCAUCGAUAUGCUGCAUUCUGCUUUCGACGAGUACCAGUACUGGCCUAUGAAGGCCCUCAAGACGCGGACCAAGCAGCCAGAGCAGUUUCUCAAGGAGACCCUCGCCGAGAUUGCACAGCUCGUCCGGUCAGGUCCAUUUGCUAGCAAUUGGCAGCGCCAGCCAAUGUUCAAUACUGAUCGUCAGCUGGGCCAGCAAACAAGCGGGCGGCAGCUCCAGAGGGUCCAGGUGGGAGACGACUCAGAUGGCGAAGAGGAGAUGGAAGAUGUAGUCUAGGACACUAUGAAUGAUAGGGAGACAGCGUUGGGCAGCGAACCUUCGCGCCGUUUGAAAAAGAUAAAACAUUUGAGCCGAAGAAUAGAGCAGAACUGAAGAAGGAAAUUCCAUGCCAGAUGUUUCAGGAAGCAGAAAAGGUUCUGUGGUAGUAAGUUCCGGCAAAUCCGCUUUGCGCUCCGGAACGGUCGUUGAUAACCAUGUUUCCGCCUGGUCAUUACCGACCCAUAGUGGCACAUGAUUAAAUAAAGAUUGAGUACGGCAAUGAUACCCAGCGAUGAGAGAUAGCAAAGAAAUAGAAAUAAUCAAGUUCACUU